UUGAGUGUGACCAUUUUAUGACGUAAUUCCAAUGGCGGCGCCCAUGAGACCAAAUGAAGGUGUCAAACAUACAACAUUAUCGGAGUUAACAUUGAAAGAUGUUGACAGUUUUAGUUUUAUAGUUGACCAUGUCAUAGGUGAAAAAAAGUUGAAAACAAAUGUUUUUCUGCCAACAGCUGUCGGCACAAAUUUUCGGCCAAAGGAAGAAAUUAUGGUCACCAAGGUGUUCGAAAGUUGCAUAUUCAAAGCUGUUGCCAGUGGAGUAGUAGGAUUGGCACUUGGAGGGGCACUUGGGUUGUUUACAGUAGGUAUUGACCCAAUGUCUACCUACACAACCACCACGGAUCAGACUCCUUCCACAAGAGCGGUGUUUAAAGAGAUGAAAGUUAGAUGUGCCUCAUAUGGGAAAAACUUUGGAACCAUUGGCUUCAUGUUUGCUGGCACUGAAUGUUUGUUAGAAAGUUAUCGAGGUAAGAGCGUCCUGUCUAAUGGAACUAUAUCUGGAGCAAUUGUUGGGGGAGUUUUAGGUCUCAGAGCUGGUUUGAAAGCAGCUAUGUUUGGAGCAGCAGGAUUUGCAGUAUUUUCUACAGCAGUAGACUACUACUUCCGACACUGACAGAAGUCUAUUCUAUUUAGGAAUUAAAGAGAUUUCAAUGUUCGGCUGUGUCAUAUGUGUGACAUGUUGCGACUAUUGUUUUUGUGGAAGAUCCUGGUGAACAUAAUGAUUUUACGAGAAUGAACAGAAAGUUCUAGAUGAAUCAAAUGUGUGCUUUUUACUUGAUUUUGUGGGAAACAAUGUGCAUGCAUACAUAAGAGCAGUAUGUAUUCAAACUUAGAAUAUCUUUUAACCCUUUACCACUUAGAAACGUAUUUUCACACAUUUGUAGUCCCUUAGAAAGUUACAUUUUAUUAAAGACCUUUCUUACUUAAUUCAAGUUUUAAAGGCUUUAUUUCCAACCCUUAGAUACUGAUGAGCAGCAAACAGCAAACAACCUGAACAGACUGCGAGUUACUCGCUGGCUGUUCUGGUUUUAUGCUGAUUGCACAAUGCUUUUAAGUGGGAAAGGGAUAACGGAAGCUGCAAAGAAAAAAAUCAUUUAUUAUGGUGAAACCCAAUUUCAUCUUCUUAUUGAUUUUUUAUGCCCCCGGUAGGGUGGCAUAUAGCAGUUGAACUGUCUGUCUGUCCGUCCGAAAACUUUUAACAUUGGCCAUGACUUUUGCAAUAUUGAAGAUAGCAACUUGAUGCGUAUGUAUUUGGCAUGCAUGUGUAUCUCAUGAAGCUGCACAUUUUGAGUGGUGAAAGGUCAAGGUCAUCCUUCAAGGUCAAACAAACAAAUCCAAGGGAAGUAACAACCUUUAAAGGGAGAUAAUUUAUAUUUAUCAUUUGGCAGGUACAAAUUAUUUUUACAAGGGAAGUAAUAUUUUUUUAAAGGGAUAUGAUAAAAAAUAAUCAAAGCGGCGCAGAAGGGGGCAUUGUGCUUCUGACAAACACAUCUCUUGUUUUUUAGCUCACCUGUCACGAAGUGACAUGGUGAGCUUAUGUGACCGUGUGAUGUCCGGCGUCUGUAUGUGCGUGGGUGUGUGCGUGCGUGCGUGUGUCCGUCAACAAUUUGUUUGUGUAGACAGAAGAGGUCACAGUUUUCAUCCAAUCUUUAUGAAAUUUGGUCAGAAUGUUUAUCUUGAUAAAAUCUUGGUUGGGAUUGUAUUUGGGUCAUCUGGGGUCAAAAACUAGGUCACUAGGUAAAAAACUAGGUCACUACGUCAAAUAAUAGAAAAACCUUGUAUAGACAAUAGAGGUCACAGUUUUCAUCCAAUCUUUAUGAAAUUUGGUCAGAAUGUUUAUCUUGAUGAAAUCUGGGUUGGGAUUGUAUUUGGGUCAUCUGGGGUCAAAAACCAGGUCGCAAUGUCAAAUAAUAGAAAAACCUUGUGUAGACAAUAGAGGUAACAGUUUUCAUCCAAUCUUUAUUAAAAUUUAUCAGAAUGUUUAUCUUGAUGAAAUCUGGGUUGGGAUUGUAUUUGGUUAGUCAGGUGAGCGAUUCAGGGCCAUCAUGGCACUCUUGUAGAUCUUUUUGACUUCAUGGAUAACUAUAGUCAAUUUAAUGGUAUAUUAAUCGUUAAAUUCAUCAACAUUACACAGUGCCCCAGAUAAUUAUUUUGAAAAUAGGAUUUUCACCCAUUGAUUUUGAAAAAUAGGAUGAUUUCAUUCUUGAAAUAGGGUGAAUUGAGUUCUAAAAUUGCAUACCGUAAAAUCAUGUCUGCUUUACUUCUGUUUAAGAGGCACACUUGUAUUGAUUCAUUAAAAUUGUAAACUAUCAUACUUAACUUAAAUAAGCUGAUGUUUCAUAAUAUCUUUAAAACUGUCCAUAAUAUACAUGUACACUUUUAAUAAAUCGAUAACACAAAUGAUUCGGCACGUAUUUGCUCUUGUUUGGUUCGAAAAAGUUUGCGAUCGACUGAUUUUUUUGCGCAACUAUCUUGCACGUCAUACGACCACUCUUGGACAUUAUUAUUAAUUUAUUAGGUAUUGUAAUAGAAACUGAAAGUACAGACGCUUUACAAAUAUAGGAGGUUUUGGGGAUUCCGAUAAUGACGUCACGUUUGCGCAUGCUCAAAUUUUGGCCGUCAAAACUGCGGCCAUUCUGCUAUUGUUUGCAUGUGAUGAACCGCAUCGUGAUAAGGUUACAAUCAUAUUCGCGACCCUUUUGAAGAACAAAAAAUACUCAGAACUUAAAAUUCUUCAGAUUAAAAUGAAUUUAAUGAAGGAACACAAAUAAGGACGAAAACAAACAACAAAUUGAUUGAAUUUAUGUUAUCAACAUAUAGAAACUGAUUUGAACCUAUUUGUCUGUAAAAACUUACCUUGUUACAGAUUAACGAAAUCCUCUUGAUAAAUGUAAAUGCUUUUAUUUAAUUGUUCACACCAGUUUUGACACUCUUUGUUUCAGCAUUUUUAACCCAGUGUUUAAUUGCCCUUUGUUUAUCACUAACCGAUUAUCUCGAUAUGAUCGGAUACUGUCCAGACAAUUACUAAGAAAACAGUGUGUAAUAAACCCAGGGACCUAUACUUGUGUGACUCUGUAUGGGGUCUCUGCAUAAACCACAUGUGUCUGGUCAUUAAACACAAUUUAUGAAACCUCCAUGUCAUCUCUUAGUAUAUUAAGUCAAAAACUUAACAGUUGCUUUAAUAAAAUAUUUGAACAUAUUUAAAAAAUAGACAUUUGUCCGAAAUGGAUGAACAGCUAGGAACUAUUAAGUAUAUAUAUUAGCCAGUUUAAACAUAACAAUAAAGUGUUUAAUAACUAUACAUUUAAAAUAUUUUACAAAUUUACUGCUACACAAUUAACGUAUUUAACGGGUACCUGCAAAUGUAAACUCUGCUAUAAUGUGUAAAGAUCGUGCGUUACUGCAGCAGUGUUCGAAACCUCAUCAUCAUGAAAACAAGCAAUUGCGUUUGGUCAUUAUAUACAGAUAUAAAAUACUUGCGUAAAAUAAAUUAAAUGUGUAGAUUUAUGGUAUCAUAAAAUACUAGAUUUGUAUCGCUCAUUAUCACUAGAGAAGAUUUUUCAAUAUACAUGUACAUGCAAAGACAGUUCAAUUUGCAAAAUAUGCAGGUGUUUUUUCAAUUGGAAUGCUUAAAUGAUUAAUAUUUUCAUUCAAUGUAAACGAAACGAAAAUUCAUUCAAUGUAAAAGAAAAUUAAAACUACAUUUCAAGAUGGAAAUGUAUUGAGCUAUUUAAGGGCUUUGUUUUAUGACUGAUUCAAUACACCCCUUACACUAAAUUUCAAUCUCUGAUGAAAAAUAACACUAUCGCACCCACACCACUUAUAAUAAUAUUCAAAUUAUUAUAUGUUUUAUAAUUUUUGAAAUAUCAUUUAUUGAAGUCUUACUUAAAAAAGAAUACGGGUAUUUGUAGUUUUGUUUUGUGAAAUUGUAAGUAUUAAGUCUUCCGACGACCUUUACUCUUAUACAAUAUAAUAGGCCGCGAUCGAGAAGUUGACGGCCAAUCUAUUUUUAGUAACGGAAAACCCCUCUUGUGACGUCACACAAAAACCUCCUAUAUGCACAAUAAACGACUGAUUAAGUCAGAUUAAAAAUGAUGUAUGUCGUCGCAAAUAAUUUGGUCAGACGCUUUAUUCAACUAUGAAAUCUAGUCCGCAGAGGUUUCGAAUAAAUUAGACUGUCAUCAUCCAGGCGCUUGCUAAAUGAAAGCGUCGCCGCGUUCCAAUAAUAAUUAUUUUUUUUAAACAAAAUUGAGCAAAGCAUUUGAUUGAAGCUGUUGUACCGUACGCAUUAAAUUUGAUGAAUUGGCGUAAAAGUCAAAUUAGUUGCAUUUUCAAUACGCAUGAUUUUGCAUUUCUUUGCGUUUUAAAACAUUUUAAUAGGGUGAAAAACGCAGAUAUGCAGCUUAUCUGGGGCACUGAUUUCAGUAAAAUUAUACUAUUAUACUUACUGUUAUUUUUUUAAAUAUAAUUAUUAAUCAGUUAAUCAUUGUUUUAUAGCAAAUUAAUUACUUUUUGACAUCAGUUUCCUCUGAAGUACUUGGAUGUUCUAAGCCUUGGUGAUUAAAUAGCUUUCUAACUAAUGAGAAAGAGUUGUGAAUUUGCCAAUACACUAUGUACGUCAUUUUUCUGUAGUCACGUUUUAUCUUACUUGAUUGAUAAAGUUCAAUUCAUUAAUACAUUUUCAGUUGUGUGCAUGAACAAAAGAUCUUGGAUGAGUUUGACAAUUUAAACCAACCAGUUCAUAGUAUUUGCCCAGUUUGGGAGAAACUAAUUGUGCACACGGAGCGUAUAUUGAUCAUCUAGAGUACGUGUUGUGUAGAAUGCUACUGUUUAAUUAAAUAUUUUGGUUUU